GUACUGUUUCCGGGUGAGGGUGACCUCUAGGGUGAGAAAACUGCGACUGGGAGCGGGACCCGGGCGUGCAGCCUUCGCCAUGCCCCGCUCACGCGUGGGAGACCGGCCUGCGGGGUACCGGCCCGGAAAGCACCCAGCCUCCAAAGCCGCCUUGCUCAGGGAAAUUUGCGCGACCUUAUUGCCCUCGGUCUACAGGCCUCGUACCUCUCCAGGCCGAUUUUUCCACUAUUUAAAUCCUAGUUCGCCUGGCAUCCAGCUCCAGCAACUUAGAGCAUUUCACGUCACGCCGGGCGCAAGGCGUCGGCUUGUAUAAUCCGAAAACGCUCCUGUUUUUCUCAUCUGUGCAGUGGGAGACCUUACUCCGUCCGCCUUCCUAACCGCCCCAGUGGUGUCACAGAUUUGAAGGCCUGACACCCGGUUGCCAGACGUGGGAAGUUGUCCAUUUCAUCUCACUUGUCAAGUAAAUUUGGGCACAAAGGUUUUGAUUCUCAUCAUGGCCAUCACCCAGUUUCGGUUAUUUAAAGUUUGUACUUGCCUAGCAACAGUAUUCUCGUUCCUAAAGAGGUUAAUAUGCAGAUCUGGCAGAGGACGGAAAUUAAGUGGAGACCAAAUAACUUUGCCAACUACAGUUGAUUAUUCAUCAGUUCCUAAGCAGACAGAUGUUGAAGAGUGGACUUCGUGGGAUGAAGAUGCACCCACAAGUGUAAAGAUCGAAGGAGGGAAUGGGAAUGUGGCAACACAACAAAACGCUUUGGAACAACUGGAACCUGACUAUUUUAAGGACAUGACACCAACUAUUAGGAAAACUCAGAAAAUUGUUAUUAAGAAGAGAGAACCACUGAAUUUUGGCAUUCCAGAUGGGAACACAGGUUUUUCUAGUAGAUUAGCAGCUACACAAGAUAUGCCUUUUAUUCAUCAGUCUUCUGAAUUAGGUGACUUAGAUACCUGGCAAGAAAAUACCAAUGCAUGGGAAGAAGAAGAAGAUGCAGCCUGGCAAGCAGAAGAAGUUCUGAGGCAGCAGAAAAUAGCAGACAGAGAAAAGAGAGCAGCAGAACAACAAAGGAAGAAAAUGGAAAAGGAAGCACAGCGGCUAAUGAAGAAGGAACAAAACAAAAUUGGUGUGAAACUUUCAUAACACAUGUUCUUCAAAUUUUAUCAUGCCAGUAGGAGAAAUCUCAGCUCCACAACCCAAGCAACAUUUGUAUGGAUUUAAGAGUAUUUUAAGAAUAUACACUGCUUGAUUUUAAUACAUUCAUCAGGCCAUCCAGGACACCAGGAUUCUCCCAAAUUACCUUGAACUCUUAGUGAUUGAGACUCAAAAAAACAAAAAAGACUUGAGACAAUAUAUUCUUCAACAUGCUCCAAAUAUAAGACAUUUGUUUGCUGUACAGAAAGUAUCAAAAAUGGAAUAUUUCAGUACCUCUCAAGCUAGUAUUUCUAGCUAAAUAAAUGGUGUAUAUAAUUUUAUGGUGGAAAAGAACUGUGCUAUCUGUUAUGAUUUCCUUCAGUGUGCAUAAUGAUAAAAUAAUUUUAAUAUUCUUUUGUUUCCAUGGUACCUGACCUAAAUUAGACAAAUUGUAGGGCUUUAACUUUAUUUGUCUGGUCAAAAUUGGUGUUGACAUAUAUUUCCUCUAAUUUGAACUGGUAUUGUUUACUUUUAUAUAACAUUAAGGGAUUUGGUGAUUUUCAUUUCAUGAAAACGACAUUAAAUGCAAUAAUUUUAUUUAUCAUAAA